GCAUACAAAAAAGUAACAAAAAAACAACGAGGGAGCAUGCCGUCACCCAUUUAAACCUCAGACAGAGAGCUGUGUCGUCCCCCCCCGUUCUACCCUCCCCUGCAGCCUGCCCGUCUGGGAGCUGUCCUCACUGAGGGACACGCUCACUGACUCGCUUUAUAAGGACGCAUUAAUGAUGCGAGACCCGCAGCCUGCCGUAGUGUGAUCAGUGGGAAGAGACGGAUUGCUUCAUAGAUCAGUGAGAGAGAUGCCAGCGGGGAUGUCUGACUGAGACUAGCCGCUGCCUGCAGUCAUUUUGAUUAUUUUUCAACCACUAUUUUCAGUUUUUUUUCUUUUUUUUCUCCAUUAUGUUCCUCAGAGACUCCAGCACCUCUCGGAUGGUGGACUGAUCAGCUGAAUGUCAGCUGCUUGUGGAGCAUGGGUACAACUGCCAGUGCCGCGCCACAGCCUGUGUCCGUAGCGUCGCCACUUGAGAGUGUCCAUGGCAACGGGAUGGCCGACAGCAGGCAGUCUCUCAGCAUGAGCCCCUUUCAGACACACAACAUCCACAACAAGGCCAAGUCCAUUAUCACCAACAAAGUCGCACCUGUCGUCAUCACGUAUAAUUGCAGACAGGAAUUUCAGAUUCACGAUGACAUCCUCAAGACCAACUACAAAGUGGGUCGGAUAUCAGACGCUAUGCCCGAGCACUACCUGGUGCAGGGGGAGUACUUCAUGGUCCAGGACGUGUACAGCAAGGCAGACGUCCUCAAUACCACGGGCAGCUAUGGAGCACCCAACUUCCGCCAAGUCAGGGGAUCCUACCCGCUGUAUGGGAUGGGUCAGCCGAGUCUGAAUGGCUUCAAACAUGUUCUUCAGAGGCUCCAGGCACAAGGACACGAGGAGGUUAUAUUCUUCUGUGUGAGAGAGGAGCCGGUGGUUUUCCUGCAUAAGGACGACGACUUUGUGCCGUACACACCGAGGAGGAAGGAAAACCUCCACGAAAACCUGCAUGGCCUGAAUAAGGAGGAACUGGUGGAGAGGCUGGAGCUCACUAUCAGGAAGGAGCUCCAUGACUUUGCACAACUCAACGAAAACAUCUUCUACGUCUACAACGACAUCGAGCACUUAAAAGACGAGCCGCAGAAGAUCUCCAUCAUGUGUGAGGAGGACAUCCAUGUGACUGAAGAGGUCUAUAAGAGGCCCAUGUUCACCAUGCCGGCCUACAGGUACUACAGAUUACCACUACCAAUGGAAGGAGCGCCAUUGGAGGAAGAUUUUGACGCAUUUAUUAGCAUACUCAGGGAGAGCCCCAGCUUGUCUCUGGGCCACGAUGCGUCCCGGUCGCUGCCCGCUCUGCUCUUCAACUGCCAGGUGGGCGUCGGCCGCACCAAUUUAGCCAUGAUCCUGGGCACUCUGGUCAUGAAUCGUCUGAGGGGUGACUCACAACCACAAGUUGAGGAGGCUGCAGCUUCAAAGCCCAAACCACUGUUCCAUGUCAUCCAGUCUCUGAUCAACAAGCUGCCUAAUGGACAGCAGGUUAUGGAAGAGGUUGACCUGGCUAUCACCCUUUGUUCCGAAAUGCACAACAUAAAAGAAGCAAUAUAUGAGAACAAGAGUAAGCUGGAAGGGAUCGGAGAAGAUUAUCAGAUUCAGGGAAGCAGUACCAAAGACUACUUUCUCAACAGAACCAUGCAGAGCUUGGAGCGCUACUUCUACUUGAUUGUAUUUAAUGCAUACCUUCAUGAACAGUAUCCUCUUGCCUUUGUGUCCAACUUCAGCCAGUGGAUGUGCUGCCACGCUUGGCUGUACAGGUUACUGGCCUGCAUGGACCUAUCAGAGCUGUCAGCUCCGGCCGAGCUGGUCACCAGAGGGGCCCGCGUCCUGGUUGCUGAUGAGUGUUUGGCUCCUGACGUGCUCAGCACAGUCAAGGAGAUGAAGGCGGUCAACUUCAGACGAGUGCCCAAGAUGCCUGUUUAUGGAAUGGCUCAGCCAACAUCAGAGGCUACCGGAGCAGUUUUGGCCCACCUGACGGAUGAGAAGAGGAAACACAGCCACGUGUUGUGGGUCAACUUGCAGGAGGAGCUGGUGCUAGAAGGGAAUGGUCAGAUGUUUACACCGAGGGAGCCCUCAUGCCUGGACCAGCAGAUUCCUAUCCCUCUGUCUGACCCACAGCUGAUAGAGAAACUGGAGACGUCUCUGAAGGAGGAGAUCCUGCGAGCUCAGAAGUGGCUCGAGGUGACGCUGGAGCAGGAGAAACAGAUGAAGAUGUUUAAAAGCUGCCUGACGGUCGAGGAGAUCUUCAACCAGCACACAGGCUCCCAGCAGGGCCUCGUGAGCAAACGCAUCCCGCUGCCAGACUGCAGCGCGCCCAAGGAAGAGGAUUUUGAUAAACUGUUGGAGGCCAUGAAGAGUUCCCUGGCUGAGGACUCUCACUCAGCCUUCGUUUUUAACUGCUCCAACGGCAAAGGCAGGACCACGACCGCCAUGGUUGUCUCUGUUCUGACUCUCUGGCACUUUAAUGGUUUUCCAGAGUUUGGUGAUGAUGAGUUUGUGAGUGUUCCUGACGCCAAGUACACAAAAGGAGAAUUUGAGGUCGUGAUGCAGCUGGUACGUCUGCUCCCCGACGGCCACAGGAUGAAGAGGGAGGUGGACAUGGCCCUGGACUCCGUCAGCGAGACAAUGACCCCCAUGCACUAUCAUCUGCGAGAGAUCAUCAUCUGCACGUACAGACAGAUCAAAAAUGGUAAGACGGAGAAGGAGUGUCAACAGCUGCUGCUGAGGAGCCUGCAGUACCUGGAACGAUACAUUUACCUCAUCCUCUUCAACACAUACCUGCAUCUGGAGAAGAAGGACUCCUGGCAGCGCUCCUUCACUCUCUGGAUGGAACAGGUCGCUGCCAAAGCCGGAGUUUAUGACAUCCUCAACCAGCUGGGCUUCUCCGAGUUCGAGAACCCGAGGGACUCGCUGCUGGCCCGGCUGCGCUGCCGCUGGCAACAGCAGAACAUUCAGUCACUUCCUUUCCGCGGGGAGUUCAUCUGAGAGAGGAUCACUGUGAACGCGUCAAAUAAAGUACUGUGCUUUUCAGAAUAAAAGACAUUUACAUUAACAUGAUUAUGCCUUCUAUAUUUACCCCUGUAUUAUGUUUAUCUUCACUUCAUCUAUUGUUUAACUUCUUUUAGGUCUUUUAACGUUGAGUGUUAGCAGAAUGUUGCUCCUAUAUUAGAAGUUGAUAUUUGUGCCUUUGCCUUUUUUUAAUGAAUGGUAGACCAUAUAAUUUCAAUGUACUAAUAUUUAUGUUACCUUUUUCUUUUGAUUUCUCACAUUUAAAGAUGAGACAGCCUUUUUAAACUUCUGUUGGAACAAGUUGAGUUAAAUGCUGUUAUUAAGGAGAGAAGCAAAUUCCACUGUGUUGUUAGACAACCAUUUUGGUUGCAUGUCACAACUGUUUGCUGUUGAGUGACCUGAUAUUUUUCUUGAGCCCUGUCUUUUUCUUCUUAGCACAGCUGUCAUCAGUGGCUGUGCAUUUGUUCGACUUGAUGUUUUCCAUUUUUUCCACUGUGUACAUAUAAAAGCUGUUGUUAUUUAAAUGCUCUUUUAGUUUUCUAAAGCCAAUUAGAGGGGAUGUUGUUGAGAGGCAUUUAGCACAAGAUGCUGUCAGUCAGACUUUCUUUAGCAACAGCAUAACACCAGUAUUGUGUCCAUCUGUUUCUUUUUACAUGUAUUUACACGCGUCAUGAUAAAGGUACUAACAGUACAGCAUGUCAGGAAUUUUUUGUUUGAUUUUACUUAAAGCUGUAAAUGUGUCUUUGUGUUCGCGUUUGUAAACAUUGGAGCAAUGUUGCUUAAAAAUGGCAAACAUAUACUUUUUUAUGAUAGUCCCAUGAAAUGCUAACAUCACUUCCUAACGAACCAGAGAUUUUGUAUUUUUUUUUUUUCUUGCAUUAUUCUUCCAUGUCAAAACCUGGUGCCUACAUUAUCCACAAUGCAACUCGACCGCCGACAGUUCGAGAUUCAUAGUAAUGCAGGUGAUGUCACUUGAUAAAUAUACCCUUUAAUAAAAAUGCAGCUCACGUUGGUGGCAUCGUUGGAAUGAGGCCAAAGCUGCAUGAAUGACUAAUUUCACAUCACAAAAAUUUGCAUUGUCAGCCAUUCGGGGCGACAAUUAGACCAUUGAUUUUGUUCACCACGUGCCAAUUCUUGUUCAGCAUGCCAUAAACUGUACAGUAUUUCUUCAAAUGUCCAAACACUUUUUUUGUGUGAUCAUUUUGUUACUCUUUAAUUUGCUAAUAUGUUUUUAGUUAAAGUAGCUUGUAGUUCAAAGUGUGCUUUAAAAACCACGAAUCCUGCCUUAAAACCAGAAAGAUAAGCCAGAAAAGAAAUUAAAAAUCUUUCCUCCAGAUGUGUCCCAUUUUUUUAUUUUCUGUCAAUGUAUCAAAACAUUUGCACAAUACAUAAUUGAUUCAGACAAAUUGAAAAAUAUUGAUAAUGAAAUGGAAAUUGAAAGAGCUUUUGUAUGUUUGAGAGAAUAUGACAAAAUCAUCUUCAUGUGACUAACACAAGAAAGAACAUGUGCUUAUUGUAAUAAUACCCUAACCUCGAAGCUCUGCUCUUAAUUUCAUGUUGGUUUUUUUUCAAACAGGCACUCUAUAGAUGAAAUGCAUUAUCUUUUAUUCACUGUUUGUGCCAUUUGUUUCCUUUGGGGGGGGGGGGCUAAAAUAAAUGAUUAAAAUA